CGAACCUAAAGUUUGCAACUGUACAAAUGUUUCAAAAGUUUUAAGUCGAGCUGUAUUAUAGUUUCAAUGUUUAAGUCUCAAGUUUCCGUUGUUAACGUAAACGCAGCGCGUGGCGUCCAUGUCCACCUGCUCGUGCACAUCCUGUUGUUUUCGGAUUAGAUGGACAGUUUAAGCGUUGUCAUUUUUACCCUGUAAAUUUUCGGCUGCCACAUUUUUCGAAGUCAGCGACAUGGAGGCAGGAUUGUGAUCAGAUUAUUUUAAUUUGUGAGGUGCCGUCAUGGACGUGGGAGCGAGUGCUUUGUGCUACGAGUUGCUGGCGGAGGUGGGCGAGGGCGCCUACGGCAAAGUGUACAAGGCCAGGGAGGUGGGAGAGAAAGGGCGCCUCCUGGCGGUGAAGAAGUUCAACAUCCAAGCAGCCUCGUGCGACAGCGGCAUCCCUCCCUUCAUGCUUCGCGAGGUGGCGCUGCUGGGCAAGAUGAAGUAUUUUAACCACCCCAACGUCGUCAAGCUGUUGGAUGCUUCUGCCAUAGUGCAGGACAGAGUCCUGGACCUCACUGUGGUGUUGGAAUAUAUCGACCAGGACCUGUCUGCUUACCUGUCCAAAGCCUCUGCCACUGGACUGACCCGAGACAACAUCAAGAUGUUGUGCUCCUGUGUCUGCUGCAUACAGGACGUGAUGCUGCAGCUGAUGCAGGGCCUAGACUUCCUGCACAGCAACAUGGUUCUGCACCGCGACCUCAAGCCAGAGAACAUCCUCAUCAGCAGCCGCGGAGAGGUCAAGAUCGCCGACUUCGGCCUGGCUCGUAUCUACACCUUCAACAUGGCCCUCACGCCAGGUGUUGUCACCUUGUGGUAUCGAGCGCCAGAGGUUCUGCUCAACUCCGUUUACAUGUUGUCUGUGGACGUGUGGAGCGCCGGCUGCAUCUUUGCUGAGCUUUUCCUGCUGAGGCCGCUCUUUAGAGGACUCACUGAGGUGCAGCAGCUGCAAAAAAUAUUUGAGGUCAUUGGUUUGCCUAACGAGGACGAGUGGCCCCAGGACAGUCCCAUCUCCUACACUCCCUCCUGGGGCCCCCAAAGCCCGUCUCCCGAGCUGUUGCCCAAGCUGAGCCUGGACGAGAGCGACCUCCUUUUUAAAUGUCUGACCUUCACACCUGGUCGACGCAUCUCAGCCGCCAAGGCCCUCGCUCACCCGUUCUUCAUGAAGAACUGAGUCCGGCCAUGAUAGAUGACUUCAUAGAGAACUCCAUCCACCAUCAUCCACACCUGCAUUAUGAAUGGAGUACCUUGUUUAACAAACCACCUUAAAUUGGACACUUUUUUUUAUCUUCAAUGCAUAUUUUAUUUCCACAGCUAGCACAUAAUUUAGUGAAGAUUAUGGCUUUAAUGCUACUAGUUUGUUUUUUUUAUUUGACCCUUCCAUUGAAGAGUUUUUCCACGUGGCGUUUCUUGGCAGGUUGACAUUUGGGCUUAAAGCAGAAAGAAAUGCGACAUUCAGUCACUCAGAUGUUGUCUGUUUUGUUACGAGGUGUUUAAAAGCACAUUACGAGCACCUUAACGUGUACACAUUUGUGUCAGUUUGCACAGCUAACUCUUUAUUUUGUGAAGAUUGUGGUUUUACAGUGUGAUCACUGAGCAGUGUCUCACCGCUAGCCAUGUUUGUGAGGAUGUUUUCCUACUCGUGUUCCACUGUUUAUAAUGAUUCUUGCAUUGUAGUGCAAACAGUACAUUUAUGACAUCAUCCAUUAAAGCACUUUCAUGGCUGACAUUUGGACUUACA